CCCAGUCCCAGACAGUGGUCCUCGCGGAGGAGAUGACAACUAGAAGAUUGCCUGGGACUUGUGGAGUGCGAAAUAUUUUGUUUUUAGUAAAGGAAUAAUUCUGGGUUCAAUGAAUUUACAAUUCCUAACCAGUGAUGAGCUGGCUGCUAAAGUGGAUUCUUAUAGCAGCAGGGAUUCAACAGGCCUACUCCCAGACCCAGAUUUCCACUGCCAUGCUGCCCCUAACAGAACCCACAGACCUAGAGCCAUACAACCGGACCCAGUACUGCCACUGGCCCUGUGAGUGCCCCCUGGCCCCCCAUUCCUGCCCUUCAGGGGUGAGCCUGCUCAUGGAUGGCUGUGACUGCUGCAAGGCUUGCGCCAGGCAGGUGGGGGAGGAGUGCAACGAGGCAGACACUUGUGACUACCAUAAGGGAUUGUACUGCGAUUACAGCUCAGACAAGCCUAGGUACGAAAAAGGAGUGUGUGCAUAUAUGGUUGGCGUGGGCUGCGAGCAUGAUGGUGUGAUCUACCGGAAUGGGCAGAGCUUCAAACCCAGCUGUAAAUACCAGUGUCUGUGUGUGAACGGGGCCAUCGGGUGCGUGUCCCUGUGUACGGACUCCCAGCCCCCCCGGGUGUGGUGCCAGAACUCAAGGAGGGUCAAGAUCCCAGGACGCUGCUGUGAACAGUGGAUCUGUGACGAGCCCAAGAAGGGGAGGAAGACUGCUCCAAGACAUGCAGUGGAAGCUCUUCCUGUUGAGGCGAAGGGCCAGAGCAGGAACUGUGUGAUCCAGACAACCUCCUGGAGUAUCUGCUCUAAGACUUGUGGUCGAGGUCUGUCCCUGCGUGUCUCUAAUGCUAACGACAGGUGUGAGAUGGUAAAAGAGUCCCGCCUCUGCAACAUACGGCCCUGUGAGGUGGACAUCACCAAGCACAUCAAGCCAGGGAAGAAUUGUAUGAACAUCUACAGAGAAGAGCAGCCAAAAAACUUUACCAUCUCAGGCUGUGUCAGUAAGAAGUCUUACAGGCCUAAAUACUGUGGGGUCUGCGUGGCCACGGACCAUCGCUGCUGCAUUCCCUACAAGUCCAAGACCAUCGAUGUGGAGUUUCUGUGUCCCAACGGUGCCGUGUUCACCUGGCAAGUCAUGUGGAUCAACGCCUGCUUCUGUAACCUCAGCUGCAAGAACCCCAAUGACAUCUUCGCCGAGCUGGAGAAUUACUAUGGCUACCCUGAGAUCGUGAACUGAGACAUUUCAAUAAUAAGCCAUGCUCUUAUUAUGGGCUCUAUUCAAUCAGAUCUGCUUAGCCAACAUCCGCAUAGCAGUUAUUUUGAUGGUGUUAGAGAGGUGGAACUGCUUUAGAGCUGUUAAUCCACAAGUGGCUCCCGGUAUUAUACCUAAAGCGGACAUUGCCAUCGGCUGCACGGAGGCACAUGAACAGCCACAGGAAUGUACACCUCCAUUAUGAUGAUAGAAAUGCGUAUUAUUUAGUUUUAAUGAUUUAAAAUUUGAGCGUCAUUAUUUCUAUAUAGCCUACACUUUCUCCUUCUGAACUUCUAACGGGAGUGUGGCGGGUGUGGAUUUGUGACAAUGGUCGCAUGUGUAGCUGCUCACCGAUUUGCAUUUCGACCUCAAACAUCCACUAUGCAGGUGUCUGCUAUCGCUGGUUAAUGCCUGAUCUAAUUGAACCUAGGCCUAAGCCUCCAUCUACCCCUAUUUUCACCUACUUUUCCUUUUCUCAAUGUUUUUUUGUUUGUCAGACUUUCAGAAACUCUGUUUUAUAUGUGAAUUUAUUUUAUACAUAGAGGCCGGUAUUCAAUCUAAGGCACGUUUUAGAACAACGCUCCAUACAGCAGACAGUCCGCCUUUUAAAGGCAAUUUCCCCAGCAUUCACAGAGAUGGCAUUCAGUCUCUAGAUCAUCCAUUGGAUUGAAUUCCAGACAAAGCAGUUUUUCUUACAAGGGGAUCUUUCUUUUGCUUUUUUUCCUAUUGGAAAAAUGUGUAAAUCAAUGUUUUUUGUUUGUUUUAAGCUCGUCUUUAUAUUGGUUGCUUUCGGAAAUAGUUUAUUGACUUACAAGUAAACCAAGUGUGUGAAAUAUUUUAGUUAUAAUUUAUUUAAGUACAUUUUGAAUACUAAAUGAUUGAACAAAUUGUUUGUCAUACAGGUAUUUUUAUAUUCACAGUAACAAGUUUCAUGAAAUCUCGUUCAUACUCAUGUAAAGAUUGUUCAAUUCAGAGCCACGCGAUCAAAUCAAUGAGUAAGAGAUGACGUGAGAUGCUACUAUAGAAUGCAUGUGCUAUAUAUAUGGUUAAAGAUCCUGUGGAACUGUGGUAUCAUUUGAUCUUACAAUCAUUCAAAAUGACGACAACACCAGGACAAAAAGUUAUAGGUUUUUAAUAAAUACAAAUUGUUAUGCUAUAUUUAAUGCUUCUCAUCUACAGCAUUAGGCAGUUAUGCAUCUUCAUAAAGCGAUGUCGGACGGUGUUCUACAUAGCCGGCAAGUGUUUCUGUAGCGCACGUAAGAGUGGGAGAGGGUUUUUGAGAAGCUCUAUGGCUAACUCGGAUCUUUAUAUCACAUCAUGUGGAUCGGCUUGACUUUCUCAAAUCCAUCAGAACAAAGAAGUCUUAGUAAGUCAGAGGGUUUCCAUGGCACAUUAUCUCUGUUUGCCGGGAUUGCAUAGAAAUAACCAUUUACA